AUGUCAGGAGGUAAUUCGAAAAACAAGUCGCGCUCGAAGCGGCAUGAAGGGUGGGAGGAGGCGGGGGGAGAGUUCUACCAGGAGCUUUAUCCGGGGGGAGAACAGGAGCUCUUCGACAAUCUCCAGAGGGCUGAUGCUACCAAGCUGGCAACACUGUUACCUUCAAAGCAGGCUAGAAAUACGACCACAGCAAAACGUGCUAGAUCUCAAAAUGAACGCCGACAGUCGACGUAUGCGCGGACGACGCAAAGUAGAGACAUACACCUCUCCAUGUUACCAGAUUUAUCUGAAAAUCUGUCAAACGAAGAACGAACUUGGGAGGAAAUUAUGCAGAUCAAAGCGAUGCCUGUUCCCAUGCACCAGAAGAGAGACUUGAAAGCUAGGCUACAGAACGCAACAAAACUCCGCCUCCAAGGAUUCGAGCAGCUGCAAUGGCGGCAGCGCAAAGUGUGGCACCGCUUCCGCAUCCGCUUCACCGAGGUGGUGGGCAAAUUCGAGCUAUGGCGAUCCGCCCUCCGAGAAAUCGAGGGGAAAUUCGGCGUCGGCGUCGUCUCUUACUUCCUCUUCCUCCGCUGGUUGUUCUUCCUCAACAUUGCCAUAUCGCUCUUCGUCAUCGUCUUCCUCAUCCUCCCCGAAGUGUUGCUAGUCGAGGACAAGUUGUCCUGCAACGAGACGUACCCCAAUUCGACAGUCUGCUGUUCCGAAGCGUACUUCAACCGGAACGUGACCGGGAAUAAUGUGAUCCUAGACUUAAUACAAGGCACUGGCUGGAUGGAGCGAACCAUUCUCUUCUACGGCGUCUACAGUGAUCAAAUCUACUCGUACUUCGUCCAUAGGCUGUGGGAUACGGAGAUGUUCUACAACAUGCCGAUGGCGUUCAUUCUAGUCCCCAUAUCCUGGGCGCUGUUUUCGCUCGUAGCGAUAGUCAAAACCGGAGCGAAGGGUUUCAAAGAGCGAUUAGUAGAGAGCGAAGGUCAAUUCUACAUGUACUGUAAUCUAGUCUUCGGCGGGUGGGAUUUCUGUAUCCACAAUGAGAAAUCCGCUAAAAUCAAGCACAAAGCGUUGUACAAUGAAAUCAAAGGCUGCCUCGAAGAAGAGAGAUUUAACGAGGAAAAGCAGCUGCGCAGUAAGGAGAGCCAUUUCUUUAUGCAUCUACGCCGUCUGUUAGUUAACCUUAUCGUUUUAAUAAUUCUAGUCGCGUCCGGUGUUUUGAUAUACUUCGCGUUCAAUUAUUCCAUGGAUCUGCUGGACGAACAAAUCUCCAGUAACGACCAGACCGUCAGAAACGGGACGGCAGAAAGAUUGACGCUAGAGCUGUACAGAGAGGGUUACUCGUUCGGAAGGUUCCAGAAUAUCGUUCUGGAAUUCUUGCCCUCUAUAUGCAUAGUGGUGUUGAACAUAAUCGUCCCGGAGAUCUUUGAGCAUCUAAUCAAGUAUGAGAAUUACAAUCCUGCGCAUGUCGUCUUCAUAUCGUUGUUGCGGACGGUGCUCUUGCGUCUGUCUGCCUUCGCCGUGCUGCUUAGUCAGAUCUAUAUCCAAGUGACCAAUCCCAACAGGGUGAUCUGUUCAGUAUUCUCCGAGGAGUCUCGUCUCGAAUGCUGGGAGACCUACUUCGGGCAGCAGCUGUACAAGCUGAUCUUGACAGACUUCGCCGUUCAGUUCGUUAUGACGUUCUUCAUAAACUUCCCUCGUUCGUUCAUCGCGCGGCACACGAACAGCUCGUGCUUGAAGUUCAUCGGCACUCAGGAGUUUUAUUUACCUAGACACGUGCUGGACAUUGUGUAUCUUCAAACGAUAAUAUGGAUGGGCGCUUUCUUUUGUCCAUUUCUGCCGAUCAUUGGAAUGUUGUACUCCUUCCUAACGUUCUAUAUGAAGAAGUUCGCGUGUCUAGUCAACAGUACUCCGUCGCCGAUCGUUUACAAAGCUUCCAAAUCUAAGUCGCUAUUUAUGUCUGUUCUGUUGCUGGGCUUUGUGAUAUCGAUAGCGCCCGUAGCCUAUUCCAUAGCCGAGAUAAUGCCGUCAGUUAAUUGCGGCCCCUUCAGGGGUUACUCCACUGUGUGGGAGUACGUAGUUAUAACAUUUGAGACGUUCCCAAAUGUCUUUCGGGAGUUUAUCUUCCUCCUCGGUACGUCGACUUUUGCGGUACCAGCGUUCGCUGUUCUGCUAUUCUUCCUCUACUAUUACUGGGCUGUUGCGACGGCCAAUAGGCAUAUGGUUACGGUUCUGAAGAACCAGCUGGUUCUAGAAGGUCACGAUAAACAGUUCUUGUUGAACAGGUUAAGUGCCUUCAUACGACAGCACCAGAAAAGGUGCGAGCGACGAAAUAGAGCCAGCUUCGCGGACGAUGAUUCGUCUAUACAGAAUAGUUCGAGGUAA